UUUUUUUUUUUUUUUUUUUACCAAGAAGCAGCCGCGAUUGCAGCGCUCGGAGAAAAACAGCGCGAACAUAAAAUGCAAGCGCUCGGAUCCGUGUCUUCACUUUUCUGUUGUAUCUAUAGCUGCUGCUUGCGAAAGCUUUAAGAAUGAAUCGCUGGGGAGCAUGUUUGCCUCUUCUUUUGGUCUGUUUCGAUGUAGCUUCGUCAGUCAGACCGUAUUUCACUGCAGCAGUGUUUGAACACGCUCGCCAAUCGAAUGUAACUGAAGACACGCCUGCGGUUAUAAUAUCCAAGAACUUGGCAUUCUAUCAGAAAGCAACAGAAGUAGCCAAGACGAAGGGAGUUGACAUUAUAGUCUUCCCAGAAUAUGGGAUAUUUCCUCCUCUGGAACGAAAAGAGUUGAAACCAUAUUUAGAAGUGAUUCCAGAUCCGAAAAAUAUUAACGUCAAUCCUUGUAAUGAAAGGCAAACAUAUCAGAAUCGCCCUAUUCUUUACGCUUUAAGUUGCAUGGCUCAGCAGAAUGAAAUUGUUGUAGUGGCAAAUAUGGGAGGUAUCCAGUCUUGUGAAGGAGAGAAUGAAUGCCCUGCGGAUGGGUCUUUUCAUUUGAAUACUAACGUCGUUUUUGAUAAAAAUGGCACAAUGCUUUUGCGGUAUUAUAAGGAACAUCUAUUCUAUGAAUUCGGUAUGGAUCUGCCACGAGAACCACAAGAUUCUGUAUUUACGACGGAUUUUGGAACUUUCGCCACUUUCAUUUGUUUCGACUUCGAAUUUUCAAAAAUGACUGAAGUAGCUCAACGGGAAGACUUAGAGGUAGAUGCAGUUGCUUUCUCUACAAUGUGGGUAGAUGCUGCUCUUCAAAGGUCAUCUGUGCAAGCUUGGGAAUCAUGGUCCCUGGGAAACAAUGCUACACUUUUAGCGGCAAAUAUUCAACUCCCAGGUUAUUUAGCAGUGGGUAGUGGGAUAUUUAAUGGAGCUGAUGGUCCUUUGGCUUAUACCUUCGAUCCAGAUGGUGUAUCAAAAUUGGUUGUCGCCACGGUUCCGAGAAGAGGUUAUAGCUCUACCUUAUCUUCACCAAAUGCUAGUAUUAUUAAGAUCACUUUGAAUAGUACCGAAGAAUCACAUAAUGACGGAUCCAGUGUCCCUACGGUGUGCUCUUUGAAAGUUUUAGGCGAUGCAAAGGACGUUUACAAAGAUUACAGAUGCCACGAAUUAAGUACGUCAAAUUAUUCCUUCGUCAAGCUAAUAGAUGAUAGCGAUCAUAUUAAAGCAUGUAUUAAUGGCGUAUGUUGCUCUCUUAAAUAUACUUCUGAUGGCAUGAGGGAAAAUUUUUAUUUAGUAGUAUACAAUGGUACAAUUGAUUACUAUACUCGCUAUUCGUUUUGCGAGCAGACUUGCAUGGUGGUAAGAUGCGAACCCAACGGAACAAAUCCUUGCGCAUCUUUCCCUUUGAGGUCCGAAACUUUGUUCUACAGUGUCCAGCUAACAGCUGACUUUUCUGCUAAACAUAUAUAUCCAGCCGUUGUAAAUAGUGGCAUGAGGUUAACUCCUCUGAAUAAAUGGAAUCAUGGUAUUGAGAAAACAUCAUCUGAUGUUUAUAAAGGCUACAUUGAUUUCAAAAGCCCUUCUGGAGAAGCGUUGCUUUCUGCUGGUUUAAGAGGCCGUUGCUAUGAUCGAGAUCCUCCAUAUGAGCGUUAAAAUAGUAUUUUGUUACAAUUUCUGUAUUACAAAUUUCAAUGCUCUUUUUAUAAUUUUUGUGAAAUAAAUAAAAAUAAAAUUUAAAUUGUC